GCCUUCUUUGCCACCUCUCCACUGAUACCUGGAGCCAUGAGAAUCUUUUUCUUAAUGUUUGCUGCUCUUGUUCUUCUUGUUCAAACUGUCCCAGCCAGGGGAGAAAUUCAAAGAAAACUGCUUUGUAGGAAACUGACAGGUCACUGUGAAGCUGAAUGCCUCACCUUUGAAGACCAGAUUGGGGGCUGUAGAGCGGAAUUAAUACCAUUUUGCUGCAAAAGAAGACGUCUUAAAAUCUAAGCAGCAGCUACAAGAAUGAAAGAGGUGAAGAUACUCUGGCUGUGGUAUCAGUGGGGAAACCUCUCUGAAUCUUCUCUUUGACCUCCAGAUUUUGGAUUCUCUGCAGUUGCGUCAUUCCAGUGUCUGAUGCUACAGGGAGAUACCCUCCCUAGGUCGUGAACUUCUCCAGGACAGGCACUAUGUCUUGUUCACCUUUGCACCCCCAGUUCCUGGAACAGGGCCUAUUAAUAUUUUUGUUGACUGAUCAAGUGAGUGAGUGAAUAAAUAGAUAAAACAAA